UAAAAUUAUAUAUAGUGAAUGUGGAUCGCGGAUUAAUGCAUAGGUAGAUAAUGUAGUUUUUUUUUUAUUAUUAUAUUUAGUAAGACUUUUUUUAUUUUAUUUGUAUGUACAGUUUAUGCCGGAGAAAUAGUCGGUACGGCAAAAGACACAAUCUGUCUGUGUCUGACUCUUUUUCUUCUGUCUACUCGCUAUUAAAUUGUCUUUGGUGUAACAAAGACAGACAAUAUUCUUAUUUCACUUUUAUUUUUAUACUCGGGUUUAUAUAAACACAAUAAAAUAUGAAUAUAUAUUUCAUAUAGAUCUUAUUCAUUUUUUAUACCAUUUUUUUUUUCUUUCAAGGUCAAAAUUUUUCAAAUUCAAAAUUUUUAUGAUACAUUUUUUUUAAUUUCUUAAUAGUGAUAUAAAAAAAAAAAUACUCAUUUUUUUUUCAGUUUAAAAUUUUGAAAAUUUGAAAUUUUUAUGAAAAGUUAAAAUUUUAAAUUUCAAAUUACAAUUAAAAAUUUUUGAUUAAUAAAAAAUAUGUUGGGAUAAAUUUUAUAAAAAUUUCAAUGUUUGUUUUUUCUUUUUUAUCAAAAAACGUUAAAUGAUAAAAAUAAUAAAAUUUGUAAUAAUGUAAUAAGUGAAGUCGCCACGUUACAGUAAAUACGUGUCGUGUGUGUUUUAAAAUAACUUUGAACGUGUAAAGUGCCGCAGUUUAAAUAAAACAUUAACUCCAAAGCAAUAGCAGUUUCAUAAUGUCUCUUUAAUCAUCAAGAGUAAAAGUAACAGUAAGAAUUAAAAAAAAAAAAAAAAUGCAACCAGAGACAAUGUUGAAUUUACGGUGGGAUUUUUUUUCAUCUCACUUGUCUUCAACUUUAGAUUAUUGUUACGAAAAACAACAUUUUGUAGACUUAUCACUGGUAUGUAAAAAUAACGUAACAUUUAAAUGUCACAAAAUGAUAUUAUCAGCAACGAGUGGAUUUUUCCGGCGUCUGUUGAUGAAAAAUGAUCAUCCACAUCCACUAAUUAUUUUACAUGACAUCGAUCAUAAUGAUUUGAAAUUAAUAUUAAAUUUUAUGUACUACGGAGAAAUUCAAGUACCGGAGCGUGAUGUCAAGCGUUUAAUUAAAAUAGCUCAAGUUUUUGACAUUCACGGUCUCAAAGAUAUAAAACCAACUGGACAACUAGAUGAUGAUAAAUUAAAUUUUAUUGAAAAUUCGCCGCUGAUUGAUACGAGUAUCGAUGCUGUGGAGAUUAAAAAUGAACCGAUAAGUCCAGAUGCUGUUACGAGUAAUGACGGUGAUAUUGAUCAUGACAAUAAUUUCAAAAAUAAAAUAACUCCAGUUAUUAAAAUAAAAAAACCGCAAUUACUAAAAAAUAAUUAUAAUUUAAGACAGCGCACAACAUCUAAUUUAUUGCGUGAUAAUGAUUUUGUAAUGGAUAAUUAUAGAGUAAGAAAUAAUAAGAGAAAAAGUAAUAAUAAUAAUAAUAGUAAUGAUAAAAAUUCAACUGUGAUAAUUAACGAAACAAAUGCAAUAUCAGAUGAUAAGAAAGUUGAUGUAAAUAAUUAUAAAAAUGAUAAUAAAUGUUUUAAAAAUAAUAAUAAUGGAUUUAAAAAAGUAAUAAUUGAGGGUAAAAAUAAUAAGAAACUGGAUAAUUGUAAUUAUUUAAAAAAAUUAAAACUCUUAGACGAAGUUGAAAUCAUUUUUCAACCCGCGGUAAAUGACGCGAGUGUGACGAUGACCAGAUUUAAUUCAAAUUCAAAUUCAAAUUUUAAUGAUAAUGAUAAUUUAAACUCCGGUAUAUUUAUUAAAGACGAAGUCGAUAUUUCGAUGGAUGAUUUCGAUCAAGGAAAUAAAACUAAAGCAGAUAAAAAAAUAUCACUGGGCCCGGGAGUUGAAAUUUUUAAAACUUAUCCGAAAAAUUGGACGGGGCCGAGUACUAGUAGCGAAUUUUGUUAAU